AUGCGCCCGCUGGGAAGGAUAUUAAAGAAAGUUGUGGAAUUUCUUGGUUGUGUAGCUUGUUUACUCGGAAAAAUUUUUACUGACAUCGAAGCUCGUCGUGUUUUCUUAACACGCCAAAAGUGGUCACGAGAAUGGCCACUUUUACACAACAUAUUCUGGAAUAGCAAAGGCGAUGCAUUUGCUUGGAUUACCUACGGUGGUUACUCCAUAAUAACACUUCUUCUUGCCAUCAGCAUGUGUUUGUUUUGGCAAAGUCACUGA